CCUUAACACGUCUUACCUUACGGUUGAAACGGAUUAGGUGCACUUUUCUUUAUUGAUGCAUAUUUCGUUCGUUUCACUUAAGGAACAUGUUUUUGUUUUUUUGCCUUACAUACUCCUCAAGAUUACUAUAUAAACUAGAUGCUACUGCAACGACAUAUCAAAUGGUGAACAUUACUCAUUAAGUAUGUUUACUGGGAGAUCAGCUGUCCUAGUGUUAGUGCUUUUGGCCCUUGAGGCCCUGGCUGAAGAUACUACUACGCCUUUACCAAGCCCUUCGCCGCAAAUCCACGAAAAAAGUGAUAAAAGUGAAUACAAAAAAUCGUUGACAAGAGACUGUUCGAAUGUGUAUACCGCUACUUGCUUAAAGUUGGACAUAGUUUCUUGGGUUGAUAAAUUGAACGAGGAUGACGAUUACAAUGUACUGCCGGGAGUGUCUUUAGUGCGUGAAAAUGGAAGUGCUCGAUCUAGUACUGCCGAUAUUGUUGCCGAAUUAGCUCGUGAUUUCCCAAAUGAUCCCGACGCUCGUCUGGAUGCAUUUUUGAUGAAAAAGGUCACCUCAUAUCUAAACAGUCAUGCAGUGCGCUUGGAUUUAUUUGACAGGAAGGCCAGAGAUCUAGGACGUGGACGUGGAGGUGGUGGAGGAGGCGGUGGCGGUAAAGGCGGUGGUGGAGGUGAAGGCAAUGGUAUGGGAAUGAUGAUGGCUGCUGGAGCAAUGAUGAAGGGUACUUUAAUGGCUUUAGCUUUAGGUGGUAUUGCUGCGAUAGCAGGUAAAGCCCUUAUGACCGGUCUUAUUUCUCUUUUGCUGUCGGCAAUCAUUGGUCUUAAAGCACUGACCCAUCAUGGCCACAAAUCGACUACAUACGAAAUAGUAUCAAAACCGGUAUACACUCACUCUCAGACUCACAGUGAGUCGCACGAGCAUGGCGGUCAUGGAUAUGGACACUCAUCCUAUGGAAGAAGCUUUGACGUACCUCUUCCAUUAGGCUUGCAUCCAGAGUACAAACCCUAAUCAAGUGAUAUUGUUAUAAAAUAGUUUAAGUUUAA